AUGCAAAAUAAUCAAACGGCGAUCAAGGUUAAAGCCUACAAGAAAAAACUUAAGAGACAUAAGGAUGCCGUACUUACCAUUCAUUCACCAAAGGGAUUUGAAGGUGGGUUGCUUGUAUCAGGCUCAGCAGACCAUUCAAUUAGAAGUAUUAUCACAUUCAUUCUUAAAUAUUUCGUAAUAGUUUGGGAUCUCUUGAAGAAAAAGAUUUCAAGCAAAAUCAAUGUAUUGAGACCAGAUGAAGAGUUCUUGUUUAAAUUCAAAGAUCAGCCAAAGAGUGUAUGUUGCUUUUGCUUUAAUGGCCCUAAAAUUUUCACAGGCUAUGAGGAUGGAUUGAUUUGCUCUUGGGAUAUUGACUCAGGGUAGUUAAACAAUCCUCUGAUUGGUCACACUAAUAAAAUCAAUCAUAUUACCUCUACUGAUAACGAUUUCAUAUUCUCAGCAGCCAAUGAUUGCACUGUUAGACAGUGGAAUGUCAAGAGUGGUACUUGUGAGUCAGUUUUUAAAUUCGCUGAUCCAGUCUCAGUUGUUUAAAUUUCCUAUUCGUUCAAUAUGAUGUUUACUGCUUCAUGGGAUAAAAUGGUGAGAGUUGUUGAUCUAGAGGCUAACAAAGUUACUAAGAUUUUUGUUGCAUCUAAGGAAGCAAUUAAAGCAAUGAUUGUUACAGACAAAUAUGUUUUUGUUGCAGGCUGUGAUCCUAUCAUUAGAGGAUUCUCACUUGAAACCGGUGAGUGUAAAAUGUACUAAGGUCAUUAAGGAUGGAUAUACUGCCUUGAAGUUAACGAGGGUAAACUAUUCAGCGGUGGAGAUGACAAAACCAUUAAAAUCUGGGACAUUGAAAGCACCAAAAUGCUUGAAGAACUAAAUGGCCAUGAGAAUGGUGUGACUUGUUUAGCCUUUGCAAACCAAGAGUUGUUUUCAGGUUCAUUCGAUCACUAUAUAAUCUGCUGGGACAUGCUUGAAAUUGAGAAGAGGAUUCAUGAGAGAGAACUCAUGAGGCAGGAAGACAUUAGAAGCAGGAAAAUAGAAGUGUUUUGGAGGAUUAUAGAAGCCAAAAGGGGAAAGAAAAAGAAGAAGGGCAAGGGCGGCGGGAAAAAGAAGAAGGGGAAGAAGUGA